AAUAGCUUAAAAUUGAAAGAGUCUCUGCCACUAACUUCCGCAUCUUAAUACUGCAACUAAUCUAAAAUGGGUAUCAACUUUGAUUGACAAGCACGGUCACAUUGCUUGAACAGAUGUUCACAAUGAUGAAAUUGUUUACAACAGUAUAUUGUUUUUGAACAACAAAAUGAGCGUAGAUAUAGCCAGCACGAUCAAGUUCCGGGAUAUCUGCGGCCUGUUCGAGAAGCUGAAGGCCACCCAAAAGGUGGUCAACAAGGAGGAGGCCCUCAAGAGCUACUACGAGUCCUUCUGCCGGCACCGCGAAUCCUUUCGCCGGCAAACCGGAUUAAACGACGACCAGCCGGAGGACGGUGCCAGUAGCUUCUAUUCCGUGCUGCGACUGCUGCUUCCGGGUGCGGACACGGGUCGGGAUACCUAUGGAUUGCAAAUCACCGCGCUGGGCAGGCUCUACAUCAGGGUGCUCCAGCUACCCACGGACUCCAGCGAUGCAAUCAGGCUGCAGCACCGCACCGGAACCAUGUACCGGGACUACGGCGAUGUUGUUUAUUCCGUGCUUAAGCCAAGGUGCUUUAAUCCGCCCAGCAAUUUGAGACUGAAUCAAAUCCAUCAGAUGCUGGACACCAUUGCCAACGAGGACACAGAAGUUAAGCAGCAGCAACUCAUCCGGUUUACGGAGCAGGCCUCGCCCGAGGAACAGAAGUGGCUAAUCCGGCUGCUGCUGAAGAGCCUCGGGCUGGGGAUCGGUGAGCAAAAGAUCUUCGGUGUGCUGCACCCCAAGGCGCAGGACAUCUACCAGCGCUGCUCCGAUCUGGGACAUGUGUGCAAUCUGCUGGCAGACCAAACCACCGACCUAGACGCCAGCACCAGCAAGGACAGCAAGGCGGCGGUCAAGUUUGUAAACCUGAAUUCCGUCAUACGGCCAUUCCACCAGAUACGACCCAUGCUGUGCGAACGAUUUCCGGGUGACAUCCAGGAGCUGAUGCAGUCGGAUGUGCUCUAUCUGGAGACCAAAAUGGAUGGCGAACGCUUUCAGCUGCACAUCGAUCGGGGUCGUUUCAUGUACAUUUCCCGCAAUGGAGUGGACUACACCAGGAACUUUGGCCACAGCUACGAUCACGGCACCUUGACGCCAAAGCUGAGGGGACUUUUGCCGCUGGGCCUGGAGUCCAUCAUACUCGACGGCGAGAUGAUGGUGUGGGAUACCAACAAACUGCGCUUUCGGGAAAAAGGCGAGAAUACGGACGUGAAGAGCCUAAAGCCGGAGGGCAGCUGGCAGCCCUGUUUCGUGGUGUACGAUCUGCUAUAUUUUAAUGGCCAGAGUCUGUUGGACCAUACCUACAUUCAGCGGGCGUACAAAUUGCAGAAACUCAUAGUUGAACAGUCGGGUGUGCUGCAGUUGAUGCGUGCACGCAAAAUCGGUUCCGUUCAAGAGUUCAACGAGCUGUACCAGCAGGCACUCGACUCCCACGCCGAAGGCAUUGUGCUGAAGAAGCAGGGAUCAAGAUAUCAGCCUGGCGUAAGACUGGGCGGUGGGUGGUACAAGGACAAGGCUGAUUACAUCAAAGGACUGAUUACCGAGUUCGAUGUGCUGAUCAUCGGGGCAUUCUACAAUCGCAAGCGCACCUUUGUGGACUCAUUUUUACUGGGAGUUCUUCAGCCGGCGCCGCCAGGCAGCUCUAAUCGUCCCGAAGUCUUCAGUAUUGGAGUAGUUGCCAACAAUACGAAACAGCGCGGAGUGCUAAAUCACACACUUAAACCACAUUGGCACGAUGUAGUCAAUGAGCCACCGCCACUGUGGUUUCACUACAAGCCCAAGGAAAAGGCCGGAUGCCCCGAUCUGUGGAUCGAACCGCAGAACUCGGUAAUUUUGCAGGUGAAGGCUGCUGACCUGGCGCCCAAUGGAGCAUUUUUCACCCGAAAAUCGUUGCACUUUCCGCGCACUGAGAUGAAACGAGAUGAUAAGCCCUGGAGCGAGUGUAUGACACUGAAGGAGUUUAACGAUCUCUGCCAGGGUCCUUUGGCCAUCAAGAAGUUAAACAAGCGGCAACUGCGACUAGAAGAUGUGACCACCAAGCGGAAGCAGAUGCGUAUGACGCCCUCGGAGCGUAGCCGACUGGGAUUGGCCGUCUAUGAGAAGCGCUAUGACGCGAGCACCUCCGCUAGCACUUCCAAACUCUUCGACGGUCUGAGCUUUUGCAUACUGAGCGGAUCUGCCGGACGACACAGCAAGCAUCAGCUGCAGGAGCUGGCUGUUAAAAACGGUGGCUGCAUCGUGGAGAACCCCCUGCCCAAUGAUCCAAAGUGCUUUUGCAUCGCAGGCGAUGAGACGUUUUUAGUUAAGCGGCUCAUCCUUCAGCAGCCACGCACCUGUGACAUUGUGCGCAUGGAGUGGCUGCUUAGGGUCUGUCAGAAGCAGGAGCUUGAACUGAGGCCUAGAGAUCUUAUUGCGGCCACUGAACCACUGCAGCAGGAUCUGGCUGAAUGUUUUGACCGGCACGGUGAUAGCUACACCAAAGACAUUGCCAACGUGGAGGAGCUGCAGGAUCUGCUUCAAGGCAUUGAUUUAACAGCUGAUAAUGUGGCUGGCAUAACCGCAUCUAACCUAAAUGCUCUGGAGGAUCAGCUUCUGGAUGGGAAAAAGAAUCUGAACAUGUUCCGCCACCUUAAUGCGUUCUUCUACAGUCCGCAUGGUGAUGAACUGGCUAAGCUUCUGUUUCUUCAAAACGGCGGCCGGAUAGUCGACGAUUCCGAUCCGCAACUAAAUCUGGGAUUUAUCUGUAUGUCUUCCGACAUCGAUAACGACCACUUGGAGCACUGGCGGCAAAAUCAUUCCAAGUUGAGCGCUGACAAGGUCUUAAACUCGGCGUGGAUCCAUCAGUGCCAUCGCGAAGGCAUCCUACUUCCUAUGCACUCUUUUAUCUAACUCGAUGAGUUUGUUAACGCUUUAUAGUUUUGUACAAAAUUUACCUGUUAUCAUUGUUAUAAAAUUGUAAUUUAAUUUCUUACCAUAAUUAUGUAAUUAUUAUCCCGAAUUCUAAUGUUAUAUCAAAAAGAUUUGCAUGUAUAUUUUGAAGAACAAUAGUAGAAUGACAAUAAGUACACAAAAAAGUUAUUUUUCAAUGAUUUCGUUUUUUAUUCACAUAAAAAGAGAUAACGAGCAGAAUAGUAUUGAUUCCGUUGGGAGGAUUUUGGACAAAUUUUGGGGGUAGUAUGGAUAUUAGGUUCGUUAUUUCGCCAAUUGAUACGUUCGACAGUUCGGUUACAUAAUUCAGGGAGUUCUCUUCGGGAUUUUCAAUAGUUUAUCGGUUCUGCACUUUCGGCAAUAAGAACAUCAAAAAUACAUUUAUUUUAUUCAUUGUAAAGUUAGAUAUAUGUUUGUAUAUAUAUAACAUAAAUAAUGUAUAUAUAGGUGUAUAACAUUUAACACUAACAAUUCUUAAGCGCGAGCUCUUCGCUCCCUCUUUCUCUCUCUCUAUUUCUUUCUCUGUCUCUCUCUAUCUCACUUGCACCUACUAACUCUAUCUCUUUCGUUCAUUGACUUGACUUUAACAUUUAAUGAGGAAUAUGCAAUCUCUGAGAUUGUUUAACACAUUUAUCGACUCUAUGAACAUAUAGAUUACGUAUGUCAAUCAAAUUGUUUAAAAUUUACCAAGCUAAUAUCAACAAAAAAAAAAAACUAUGUUUAAGUUUCUCAGUUAGUUCGAUUCAUGGGAGUGGGCGAAAUUCGUGGUUGGAAUAUUUGUAGAUGUUUAUACAUAAAUUGUUGGGCUUGGGCAUACAAAUGCAGAGUACUCUCGAUCUUGAUCUUUAUUUGGGGUAUAACAAUCGGUAUACUAAACUUAGUCGUUACUUUUCAAUGUAGUUUGGUUGUGGGUUUGUUCUCUUAUAUUUUCACUUUUGUGUUUCUUAUUCCGGCAUGGUAAUUAGGUUACAACGCUACACAUAACAACUAUCAACAUUUAGGGUAUGCAUAAUAAUAGCGAUAUCAUAAUAAUAAUAAUAAU